CUUUUUGUUGGUUUGCAACAGUUUCUUUUAGUGUAACGCCAUCAUUGUUUGGUGGGCGUUACUGAAAACGAAGAGCUACGUGGCAGCAACGGGGAGUCAGGCUUCUGUCGUCCCGAGCAUGAUUGAACAAAAUGAAAUGUGCUGCGAUGUAAAAUUGCUACAGAAAUACCAAGAUAUAGUAAAGAGGGAGGGGUCAAACGUAAAGUUGACCCCACUUGAGGAAGACAAAGUGAAGAUAGAAAACAACCUCUUCCUACGGACACCAACUCUCCCCAUACUCUGUCCGACCUAAACACAAGCGAAAACACAGAGGAGCCUCAAAUUUCCCCACCCCGGCCUUUGGAUAAAUUUAUAAUAUUAUAUAACAGAAAAAAGGAAAAACUUUGCAACGAGAUAAAGACAUGGGGCAAAGCAAAAGAAGUGGACGUUUUUUGUGCAGUGGCGGACCCGGAAUACGAAUUACGAGGAAGAAAUUGAUUUUGACUAGUGAGUUACGAAAAUGGACACCAGCAAAAUACCGAAAAGGGCAUUUCUUGUGAACUUCAACGAGACUAACCUGAAAAGAUGUCCAUGUUAACAAGGAAAGGUACGAUGGUUCGGAAAAGCCGCGGCACUCAUUCACGAAGCCAGUCGAUGAAACGGACUCCAUCACGAGGCGGGUCGACUAAGAGACCUACACCGGGCCUAACACCUGCUAUUGUUGUUAUGGACAGCACAGAAUCAGAAGACAAGGAUUCCUCAACUAACGCUUCAUCACCCCCCGCAAAGAAUAUUGUCGGAACAAUUGUGGGAUAUGAUGAUGAAUCAGCUUUAUACAAAACCACUGUAGACUGGACAGCAUCCAGAGUGAGUGUACAAUCAAACUAUGAGGCUGUUUAUGUACAGAUAACAGAAGCCACAAAAGAAGCUAACAGUUCCAUAGAUUUCGUAUGUCAAGCAGUCCGUAUAUUGACAAAUACACGUCUUUACACCGUCUUUUUGGCAGUCAGCACAGCAUUGCCUAUCGCCAUGAUGACAGCAGGUGUGAAGUAUCUGAACGAUUGUCCAAAACAGCCUAAAAUACCUGUGUACCUGCUGGUCGGCGGUUGCUUCGGCACGCUAAAGAUGGUGUAUACAAUAUGGCGUCAAGUUCGACAGCGUCGUUUUGACAGUUUACCCGAUCUCGUUGGUUUUGAUCCCACUGAAGAAGCGAUUUUCUCAACUCGUUCCUAUCGCCUCAUGGACACAAUUCUCGUUCUUUUCCUCAUUUGCUGGAUCUUAACUGGAACUUACUGGGUUUUUCUCAUCUGGAAACCAAACUUCGAGCAACUGCUACAUGACCCCAACAAUUGGUGUAACAAAUCUGUGUACGGUCUGGCAUUUUUCCAGAUUAUUGUUUCAUACGCAUGGAUGGCACUAGCCUUAUUGACUCUGAUCGGAUUGUUUAUAUCCUACUACUGCCGGAGAUCGAAACCUGGCGAACAAAGAAGUCAAACUACAGACGUGAAGUGAUGACUCUGAUAUUUAUAAUCACUGAUCAAAUAUAUAAAAAGCGAAGUCAAAAGGGGUAUAAUUUUGUGACAAAACAAUAAAUAUUGUCUACGGAUUUAAAGCUUUACGUAAUGGAUUCUAGGAUCACCUUGAAUGUUCAUGUUUCAGCACGAAAAUGAAAUAAGACGACUUCUCACUGUGGGUUCCAAUUUCCCUUUGUUUCUGACAGUUGCUACCUUCCGACCCCCUGUGUUAUACCAAUGCUGUUCUGUAUAAGCAGCACUGUACAAGUCAUCCUCCAUGGAACCAAUGUUCAGUUAUAUUUUAAUAUAUACCUUCUACAUCAGCGAUUCUCAACUCUCCCGCUGUCAUUUACCCCCUCGGCUUCAUGUAUUUCCCCAUUUAUCCCCCCACUUUAUUCCCAGGCAUUAAAAUAUGCAUAACCGAUAUUACAAGCACAGAAAACAAAAAAAAAAGGAAAAUGAAAUAAUUGCAUUAUUAAGAUUUUCUGCAUUACAAAAUUAAUGAUAUCCAUGCAUUAUAUAUUUACUCACCGUUAAGUAAAUCUUUUAUUCCACCAGGGGAUGAAUAUAUUUUCUGUUGAGAAUCACUGCUCUUACCCUUCCAAAAUAACAUUUACAUUUCAUACCUCGAAAAAAAAAAAAAAAAAAUGGAAUAUUUUUCUUGUUUGAAAUAAAAAAAAAAAGAAAUCCCAUCUUAACAUUCCUUUAUAUUUCAAGAAUCGAUCGCCGAUAUAUUUUUGAUUAAUUGUAUACCCAGUUCUAUAUAACUGUGUCAUAUAUUUGAUGUAUUGAAGCAGAAAUAUAUUAUUGCCUUUUAUACAA